AUGGAGCAUUGCAAUCUCAAAAACAAGGUUUAUGAGGUGAAUUCCACUUUGGCUAGAUUAAAUGAUUGGUGGAAGCAAAGAUCCAACGUGAAGUGGCUUGUGGAUGGUGAUAGUAAUUCAAAGUUUUUUCAUGCUUAUGCUAGUGCAAGAAGGAAUUCUAACAGAAUUAUCAAAAUUAAAAAUGAAUAUGGUGAAGUAGUGGAAGAACAAGAACAGAUUGAAGACUCCUUUCUCAAAUACUUUGAAGAAGUGGAAAGAGUGCUGAAACAAGUUGGAGGCAACAUCUCACCGGGCAAGGAUGGAAUCACUUACUCCUUCAUGAAAGCUUAUUGGAAUAUAAUAAAAGAGGAUUUUUGGAAUGCUCUUAAACAUUUUCUUAGCAAUGGGAUAUUAAAUGAAGAUUGGAAGAAGACUCUCAUUGUUCACAUUCCAAAGGUAUCAAAUCCUAUUCUACCUUCUAACUAUAGACCCAUUAGCCUUUGUAACUCGGUUUACAAAGUGGCAGCAAGGGUCCUCUUAAAUAGGCUUAGUGAGGUUAUUCCUAAGCUAAUUACAAGAGAGCAAGCAGCUUUUAUUCGUGGAAGAUCUCUAUCCGAUCAUGUGCUUAUAGCUCAAGAAGUCUUCUACAAAUUUAGAAUCUCUAAAGCAAAUAAAGGUAUGGUCUCAUUCAAAAUAGACAUGGAACAAGCAUAUGACUCAAUAUCUUGGGGAGCUCUUACAAAAGUAUUGCUCUACUUUAAUUUUCCUCCAAAAUUUUCUAGUCUUCUCAUGAGUUGUGUAAAAGAUCCGAAAUUUGCUUUGAUUAUCAAUGGAAGAUAUUCUAAUUGGAUUAAAGCUAAGAGUGGUCUUAGACAAGGAUGUCCUUUGUCUCCUACUCUUUUUAUUCUUUGUGCUCAACUAUUAUCUAAUGCUUUUGCUCAAAGCAAUUGUGGUAUUAAAAUCAAUACCAACGGUCCAAAAAUAUCUCUUUUAUUAUUUGCUGAUGAUGUGGUUAUAUUCUCUGAAGCCAGUAAAAAUGCAAUUAAGAAGGUGAAGAAGAUUCUAGUCAAUUUCUACAAUUGGACAGGCCAACGGGUGAACAAUAGCAAGUCUUCCAUGUUGUUUGGAAAACAUGUAGAUAGAAGAAAGAAGAAAAUCAUUGCAAAAACUAUGAACUUCAAAACUGUCAAAGAAUUCAACUAUUUGGGAAUAAAAAUGACAUUAAGGAGACUUUCUUAUGAUGACUUCCAAUUAAUCAUAGAUAAAACCUUCAAGCUACUGAACAUUUGGGGAAGCAAAAUUCUUUCAGUUGCGGGUAAAAUAACCCUUGUGAAAACCGUUCUACUGGCUUUACCAACUUACUAUGGUACUCAUUCAUUGCUGCCGAAAAAAAUUCUUGAUGAUCUAGAGAAAAUAUGCAGAGACUUUAUAUGGAGAAAAGCUAAAGGAAAUUCGGGUAUACACUAUGUUAGUUGGGAAGAAAUGUGUAAACCUGUUAAUGAAGGAGGAAGAGGAUUAUUCUCAUGCUCGGCAAAAAAGAAAGCAUUAAGAUCAAUAUUAGCUUGGAGGUAUUUUAAAAACAAGGAUUCUCUUUUACAAGAAGUUUUUGCUGCCAAAUAUGAUGAAAAACUGAAAAUGGGGAGUAAUAGAAUCAAUUAUUCACCUUCUUGGAAACUCUUGAAUGAAGGUUAUAAUAUGCUUAAACCAAUUGUUAGAUGGAGAUUGGCUAAUGGUGAAAAAGUGGAGGUGUUUAAUGAUACUUGGAUCUUAGAUAAAAGUAUCAACCGUUGGCCUACAUUUGUGGUACCUCAUGAAGAAGAAGCUUUUUAUGUCAAAGAAUUAAUCCACAACGGCUCCUGGAAUGUACCAAAAUUGGUUGAUAUGUUUGGAACAAAGUUGGUAUCACUUAUCCUUCAAUUGAAGAUAGAUCAAGGUAGUGGAAAAGAUGAAAUGGAGCUUGUUCAGCACAAUUCUGGUUUGACAGUGGCGGGAAUGGCGUUCAAAGCUAUAAACCAUCAUAACAGAGAACAGAACCACUGGAAUUGGUUUAAAAAUAUCAAGUUGAAUGCUCUGGUGGAAUUAUUUUGGUGGAAAAUAUUCAAAAAUGCUAUUCCUACUUUUAAAUACUUACAUCGGAGGAGACUAAGAGAUAAUGCAGAAUGUCCAAGAGGAUGCACAACUAUUGAAGACCAAGAACAUGUUUUAUGUACAUGUUUAAAGCUUAAAGAGGUAAUUAAUCUUCUUAAUCUCUGGGGUUUUUGUAUUCCAAAAUUUCGGAAUUAUGAAGAUUGCAUUAAAUGGCUAGAAAUGGUAGCACGGAAGAGAGGAUUGGUAGCUAGCUUAUAUUGCAAUGCUGUUUUCUUAUCUUGGAAAUCUAGAAAUAAGAAAAUUCAUGAAGGAAUGGAGGAAAGCUCUACUUUUAUUGCUUCCAAUGCUAUUUGCUACACAUCUAUUCUUAAUAACUUUAAUCACUUCUCAACGGGCAACUGGGAUGUCAAUCAAUCGAAGAGAUUGUCUAAUUCUUGGCAACCCCCUCCACCCGAAUGGCUAAAAGUUAAUGUAGAUGCUUCUCUCUUAACUUCUUAUAAAGCUGGAUUGGCGGGUGUAUUCAGAGAUUGUAAAGGAAGAUUCUUAUAUGUGUUUGGAAUCAAAUGUAUACAUUGGGAUAUUGCAAAAUUGGAGCUUCUUGCAAUUUAUUCUUUGAAGGAACAAAUGAAGGAUUGGAUGUUCCAGUACAAAGGAAUUAUAAUUGAAGGUGACAACUCCAACAUCAUCUCUUUCAUUCAAAAGACUUGGGAAAAAGAUAAACAAUUACCAUUGGGAGUUUAUGUGUAUGGAAGAGAGGGAAGGUUCUUUCAAAAGGUGGAAUAUGAAAAGGUGUCAUCCUUUUGUUAUAGAUGUGGAAAGGUCGGCCAUUUAAGCUUUAAUUAUAAGAUCAAUAAUGGAGAAGACAAGUCCAGUAAUCAAAAUGUGAUAGCUGUAACAAAUUCAGAAAGACAAAGACAGGAAGAAAAGAAAGGAGAAAUUGGAAAACAAGACAACUAUGGACCUUGGAUCCAUGUUAAUCAUAAGAGAAAGAUGAAGACAAAGGAGGUUCAUAAGAAGUUUGUGUAUGUUCCUAAAACUAGAAAAGCUCAUGGCAGAACAUUUAUACAAAAUGAGGAAGAGUGUAAAAAAGAUGUUGAGGAAGACAUUGUUGCAUAA